CGGCGGGAGGAGGGGGCGCGCGCUUCCCGGAACAGCCCGCGCUGAGGGAAGAGAGGAAGAAAAUAAAACCCGCGGCCGGAGCCAAAGCUGGAGCUGCCGCCGCCGCCGUCUCGGCCGUCUGGAGCUCCCCCGCGCGGACGAUGCCCGCGAUGCCCGCGCGGGGCUCGGGGCGGUGAGGCCCGGGGCGCGGGGUAGCUAUGGCGACCGGGAGCGCGGCCCGCGGCGCCGCCUGACAGGUGUGGGGCCCCGGCGGCGGCGGCACGGAGCAGCAUGUACGCCAAGGGGGGCAAGGGCUCGGCCGUGCCCUCCGACAGCCAGGCACGAGAGAAGUUGGCACUGUACGUGUAUGAGUACCUGCUGCACGUUGGUGCCCAGAAGUCAGCCCAGACCUUUCUGUCCGAGAUCCGAUGGGAGAAGAACAUUACGCUGGGGGAGCCCCCGGGCUUCCUGCAUUCCUGGUGGUGCGUGUUCUGGGACUUGUACUGUGCAGCGCCCGACCGCAGAGAGGCAUGCGAGCACUCGAGUGAAGCCAAGGCCUUCCAGGACUACAGCGCUGCAGCGGCCCCCAGCCCGGUGAUGGGGAGCAUGGCUCCCAAUGAUGCAAUGGCAUCAGGCCCCAUGGCACCCGGCUUCUUCCAGCCCUUCAUGUCACCGCGGUUCCCAGGGGGCCCUCGGCCCACCCUGCGGAUGCCGAGUCAGCCUCCCGUGGGCCUACCCGGCUCCCAGCCCCUCCUCCCUGGCGCCAUGGAUCCCUCCCCACGUGCUCAGGGGCAUUCGAGCAUGGGCCCGAUGCAGAGGGUGACGCCUCCACGGGGCAUGCCCAGCGUUGGUCCCCAGAGCUACGGGAGUGGCAUGCGGCCCCCACCCAACUCUCUUGCUGGCCCGGGUUUGCCCACCAUGAACAUGGGACCCGGAGUGCGUGGCCCAUGGGCCAGCCCCAGUGGCAACUCGAUUCCCUACUCCUCCUCCUCCCCUGGCAGCUACACGGGACCCCCAGGAGGAGGUGGGCCCCCUGGAACACCCAUCAUGCCCAGCCCUGGAGACUCCACCAACUCCAGUGAGAACAUGUACACCAUCAUGAACCCCAUCGGGCCAGGCGCCGGCAGGGCUAAUUUCCCGCUUGGCCCUGGUCCAGAGGCCCCCAUGGCCGCCAUGAGUGCGAUGGAGCCUCACCAUGUAAACGGAUCCCUGGGCUCGGGCGAUCUGGACGGGUUGCCGAAGAGCUCCCCCGGCGCCGUGGCCGGCCUGAGCAACACCCCGGGCACCCCGCGGGACGACGGCGAGAUGGCGGCCGCCGGGACCUUCCUGCACCCGUUCCCGAGCGAAAGCGUAAGCGACUGCGUCGUCCCCCCCCGCGGCGGCGUCGGGCCGGAGGGGCCUGGCGGGCAGACCCCGGCGGGGCGGCCGGGGGGCCAGAGCAAGACCGUGACCGCGGCGGGCCAGUACUCCCCCGGGAUGACCAUGAGCGUGUGAUGGGGCCGCAGCCCCUUGCCCACUGCCGACCUCGGUUUCUGCCCAGCGCCCCUGCCCGGGGCCAAGGUCCAGGGGCUCGGGUGGUCUGCAGGGUGAGGGUCUGAGGUCACACCGCGGGCAACUGGACUCCCGGUCAAGGCUUGGAUGGCUGGGAGGCCCCGCGCAAAGGACUCAUUCAUUUUAUAAAAAACACAAGGACCUCAGAGACGUUUUUUCCUGUAUGGGCCCUUCCCGCGAUUUCUGUUUUGUCCAGGGGGCUCCUUGGGGGACUUCCUUUCCCCUGGAGAGCAGGGGUGGGCCCCAUCAAUAAACAUAACUCGAUUUUGG